UAGUUUUUUACCAUUGCCAGGAGGGACAUGUUGCAGUUGAGAACACCUCGGCUCAGGAAGUAAGAUGCCGGGUCUGCUUUGGCUUUUUUGUAUUGGGCUUCUCCUUGCCACUGGCAGGAGCCAAAGUGUUACAGACCAAGCCAGGGAUUUCCUAAAACGGUUUGAACAGGAAGCAGAAGUCCUUUAUCAUCAAAGCGCACUUGCACAAUGGGAAUACAACACCAAUAUCACUGAUGAAAAUGCCCAAAAAAUGAGCGAAGCAGGAGCCAAAUGGUCAGCAUUUUACACCAAUGCAAGUAAAAAUUCAGAAGCAUUCAACAAAGAUUAUAUAACAGACCCUAGCAUCGAACUUCAGCUAAUCUUCCUUUCAGAGAAGGGCUCAGCCAUUUUGCCAGCGGAGAAAUAUACUAGACUCAAUCAAGUUCUAAAUGAAAUGAGCACAAUAUACAGCACACACGCUGUCUGUAAACCAGAUGGAUCAAAGGAAUGUUUGCCACUGGAACCAGGUCUGGACAAAAUCAUGGCUGAAAGCAUUGAUUAUGAGGAAAGACUGUGGGCUUGGGAAGGUUGGAGAGCUGGAGCUGGAAAGAAAAUGAGAUCGUUGUAUGAGGAAUAUGUUGAUCUGGAAAAUGAGGCUGCCCGUCUUAAUGGUUAUAAUGACUAUGGAGAUUAUUGGAGAGGAAACUAUGAAACUCUGGCAACAGACAUGUAUGCCUACAGCCGUGAUGAUCUUAUAAAGGAUGUGGAAAGAACAUACCAAGAGAUACUACCACUCUACAAGGAACUACAUGCAUUUGUAAGAGGAAAUCUGCAGCAAGUCUAUGGUUCUCGGUACAUCAGUGACUCUGGAUGCCUUCCUGCUCAUUUGCUUGGUGAUAUGUGGGGAAGAUUUUGGACAAAUUUGUAUCCUCUGAUGGUCCCCUACCCAAACAAAGAAAGCAUUGAUGUGACUCCUACCAUGGUAGCUCAGGGAUGGACGAUAGAAAGAAUGUUCAAGGAAGCAGAAAUUUUCUUCAAGUCUGUUGACCUUUUUGCACUUAAUGAAAACUUUUGGAAUAAUUCAAUGCUAGAGGAGCCUAAAGAUGGAAGACAAGUUGUGUGUCACCCUACAGCCUGGGAUUUGGGAAUGAAUGACUUCAGAAUCAAGAUGUGCACAAAGGUGAAUAUGGAAGACUUCCUUACAGUACACCACGAACUGGGACACAUUCAGUAUGAUAUGGCAUAUGCUAAGCAGCCUUUCAUGUUGCGGGAUGGUGCCAAUGAAGGUUUCCAUGAGGCUGUUGGGGAGAUUAUGUCCCUGUCUGCAGCUACCCCAAAGCAUCUCAAGCAUCUCAAACUACUGGAUGCAAACUUUGUAGAAGAUCAGGAGACAGAAAUUAAUUUCUUAUUCCGACAAGCACUGGCCAUCGUUGGCACAUUACCUUUCACCUAUAUGCUGGAGCAGUGGAGAUGGAAAGUGUUCAGAGGAGAAAUCCCUAAGGACCAAUGGAUGAAAACCUGGUGGCAGAUGAAACGAGAACUAGUUGGAGUGGUGGAACCUGUCCCACAUGAUGAAACCUACUGUGACCCGCCAGCUCUUUUUCACGUGUCCAAUGACUAUUCAUUUAUUAGGUAUUACACAAGAACUAUUUACCAGUUCCAGUUCCAAGAUGCCCUCUGCAAGGCCGCAGGACAUGUAGGUCCACUCCAUACAUGUGACAUUACUAACUCAAAAGAAGCUGGAGCAAAACUAAGAGCUAUGUUGGAGCUUGGCAAAGCUAAGUCCUGGACUGAAGCACUACAAAGCAUUACAGGAGGAGUAAAAAUGGAUUCCCAACCACUUCUUAAAUACUUUGAGCCAUUAUUUGUAUGGCUACAGAAGAAUAAUGAGGAAAAUAGAAGACAGAGUACCUGGAACACAGCAUGGUCUCCAUUCUCAGAGGCUGAGUCCAUUAAAGUCAGGAUCAGUCUAAUAUCUGGCCUAGGAGACAAUGCGUAUAAAUGGGAUGCAAGUGAAAUGUACCUGUUCAGGUCAUCGAUUGCAUACGCCAUGUCAAAAUAUUACUCUGAUGUAAUGAAACAAGAAGUAUCUUUAACAUUUGAAAAUGUACAUGUAUAUGACGAGACCCCAAGAGUUUCCUUUAUGUUUUAUGUCACCAUGCCAAAUAAUGCUGUGGUUUCGAAACUGGAAGUGGAAAAGGCUGUGAAGAAGUCUAAAGACCGGAUCAACAGCAUAUUUAAACUAGAUGACAAUGCUCUAGAGUUUAUAGGUAUUCCUCCUACUCUGGCAGCCCCAGUAGAACAGCCCUUCAGUAUAUGGCUUGUGGUAUUUGGUGCCGUAGCUGCCAUAAUAGUUGUUGCUUUCAUUGUUCUGAUCGUUCUUGGUUACAAAGAAAGGAAAACGAAACAAAAAUCUCAAGGAGACAAGGAAGCUGUAGAGCUCAGCCAAAACGCUAAUAACCCUGAACCUGCUACAUUGGAAAUUACUCAAGAAAAUACAGGGCAAAUGAAUAAAGCAUUUGAUGGAAAUGAUAAUAAAGCAUUUGAUGGAAAUGAUAAUAAAGCGAUUGACGGAAAUGACAAUAAAGGGAUUGAUGGAAAGGAUAAUAAAGCAUUCAGUGGAAAUGAUAAUAAAGCAUAUGAAGAAGUAGAGACUAUGAAUACAACAUUUUAAAGAAAACCAAUUAAUCGUUCAUGGACAUUUUCCCUAUACUGGGACUGAUUUAAGAAUAACUUGCUCUGUAACUGCAAAAAAGACUCUGUUAAGAUAAAUUCCCAAAGUAUAUAUAGGAAUCCACUAGUACCAGCUAUGGAACAAGGUCUUCUACUGCAUGACCAAUAAGGUCCAACCGCAAUACUAUGAUACGAGCAUCAGAAUUUGUAUUAUUGACAACAAUAACAGGAUUCUCCCAAUGGUUAACAUGCACAAAAGAAAGGGAAUAAUUAUAGUUUUUAUGAUGACUUAAUCUGGUUUACCUCUGUUGCAUUAAAAAUAUAGUUUUGCACUUGUGCAACAUAAAGAAACAGACAGAGGUACAAGAUAUCAUUAACCUACUGAUCAUCAAAAGUUAUGCAACAAUACCUCCCAGGCUCCUUCUCCCAGCUAAAGGGGUAAAGGGAUACUGAGACAUGUAGUUCUACCUCACUAUAUUGGGUUGCCUAGGCUUACUGUAGUUUAUACUUUAUGUUCUCUGUCUAAACCAUGUUGUUUGUGCCCUUGCAUAUGUUUUAUGUUGGAUCUGUGGAAAGCUGGAAAAAAAUGCCAUAACAUUGGUUCAAACCAUUUGCUUAAUUGAAUACAAAGUCUUGUUUACCCAAAUGCAAUACAUUAAAUCUGUAUGAAUGGAUAAAGCUAAUAAAACUAUUUAAUAUCU